GCAACGCGCGCACGGUUCUAGAUUAGUUCUCUUGAAGUAGUUGCAGACUUUAGGCUCCUUAAACAAAUCUGUUGCCGACUCCAUAGGCUUUUUAUUUUAUUUUAUUUUUUUCUGAGCAAACAAAUACUCCCGAUUACCGGCCAAAGAAUCAAAACGAGAGCGAGAAGAGAGAGAGAGAGAGAGAGAGAGAGAGAGAGAGAGGCGAUGUGGGUGGAGAUCCUGUGCGGCGUCGUCAUCUACCAACUUCUCCGGCGAUACUUCGCCGGCGACGAGGAGUUCCCCGACGUCGACAGCUCCCACUCCGACGUCGCCUUCGCAGUCGCAGCCAGGUUGGAGAAGAUCUACGGUGGGAAGAGCUUCGUCGGACUCCGAAUCCCCGAUCAUGACUCCGGAUCUCGCUGCCACAUCGACGUCGUUCUUGUGACCAAAAGGGAAUUGAUGGUUGUGGCAGUGCGGAACUUUGCAGGGUUUGUGGAGGUUGACAAGGAUGGGAACUGGGUGUGCACCACCGAUAAGAAACAUAGGCCUGAAACCCACCCAAAUCCGGUUAGGGAAGUUGGCAAACAAGUUGAAAUUCUACGAUCAUAUUUGGAACAACGAGGUGUGCCUUUGCCUGAAGGACAUAUAAUCGGCAGAGUUGUACUCCCAAAUCCAAAUUGUAGACCUUCCUAUUCUAUUACUUUCCAACCAGAGGCGAUUUCAUUUGACAAAUGGAGAGAGCUCAAGCCAGAUUCAAGUAUUGGAAUUUCUAGCUGGAUAAAAGAUGCAUUCAAGGGAAGCAAGAGUGAGCAGGAUGGAUUCAAUCAAAAGCUUGAAUUUAUUCUCAGUACAUCUCCAAUGUGGGAUCGCUUGGAACUCAAAGGUGAUAGAAAUAUUCUUGGUGAAUUCAUGGAAUUUAAGGGAAAUCAAGAUGAUGUGCAAGCUUUGAGAAAUUUAAAGAGAUCAAAAGUUAGCCAGUUCAUCAUCCAGAAGCCCAGUAUGUUAGGUUUUGGGAGGUCAAGGCUCCAAAUUUUGUACUCUUCUCGUGACUAUCGAAGUGAAGGGUCUUUAGCGUCUGAGUGGAAGGAGGUUGCUGUGAAGCCGCAUACAGAGGUUCUGUUUCAGCCUCUUCACUCUAAGAAAGCUCGUAAGUUCAAGCUCUCAAGUGUAGUUUCUAUGACGCUCAGUGCCUAACUUCAGAGAUUGCAGGGCCACGCAGUGCUAUGGUGUUACAGGUUUUGAGAAACAUGUACACACUUAUAUAAAUAAGUUAUGUCUGUAUAUUUAUUAGUUUAUUGCUUUGUAGUACAGAAAUUAUAAAGUUCGUAUUCAUGUUGACAAUUGCUUGAUGCUUACACGAUCUGAUUAUUUUGAGCUCCAGCGCGAGAAUUAUUA